GCGAGAGCUGUCAUUUGUGUUGGUUGUUGUGGAGGGAGAGAAGAAGAAAAGGAGAGAGAGAUAGAUGGAGAAACUAAAAGUUUGUGGUGAAAACAGUAGAUAGAUACAAGGUUGGAGAGAGAAAAUACAAGGGUGCUAGAGAGAGGAAGAAGACGAGAGAAGAAGAUAGACGAGCAUACAGAAAGGUCGAAAGAAAAGGAGUAAGAUAUAGGGAGAGAUAGUGAAAUACAGAUAAAGGGCGAGAGAGAGAGAAAAGGAAAAAAAUAAGAGGUGAGAGAGCAAAUUGCAAAACACUUGCAAGCGAUACAGGGAAAGAGUACAAAGGGGGGAGAGAGACAAAUGCCAUACAGGAAGCGAGAUUGAUGUGCUGAGAGAGACGGCACAACAAGCGGAGAAAGAAAUACAAAGACAGAGGGAUACAGGCGCAGAGUGUGGGGAGAAAAAAGAUCAUUAAAGACAAGGGGAAGGAUAAAACGAAAAUGAGACUUGUGUAGCUACCUUUUUAAAAAAAAAAAUCAAGAAAACAGGCAAAAAGGUUGGAGUGAGGAAAAGUAGCCCAAAGGAACAAAAGAGAGAAGGUGAUAUAUAGAGCACGGAAGACUGAGAGGAAAAAAAAGAGGGGUAUAAUCAGGGAGAAAAUAAAUUGCCAGGAGGAUAGAGAAGCUCAAGAAAAAGACAAGGAUCAAUCAACAGAAACCAGAAAAGGUAACAGACAGGAAAGUCAACAAUCAAAUGAAACAAAGAGGAACAAACUAGGUAAUGGAAAGGGAGCAAAGAGACAAACAGAAUCUGAAGAACAGCAGGAAGAGGAAAGAAGAAGAAACAGUAACAGAGAGCCAACAGAAUCAGUGAGCAAGAAGGCACAGACUAGUAAUCAACAGAGUGCUGACACUACAUGAAAAGAAAGAGAGGCUUUCAAUCCCGGGGGAAAAUAGGGCUUAAGUCACAACAAGAAUACACUGCAAAACAACCUAUGGGAACUACAGAGGAGAGUGAGAAGGCAAAGUGUAAGGAAUGUGAUGUAAACACCAGGCAGAUAUAAAUGGACUGCACAAGGAAUAUAAAUAGGAGCACAAAUACUGCAAGAAGAGAGACACUGUCACACAGUGUACAAACGGCAAGAGGAGUUCGGAAACAAGGGAGACAGCAGCAAGAAAACUGACUGCAAAAUUCAUCAGAAGCGGGCCAGUUGGAUACCACAGAAAGCCAGAGCAAGGAUUUCUUGACAUUACAUGUGGCUAUAAAGUUAAACUGGAGCAAGAGAGGCACAUUAGGAAAAUAUCAGAGUGGAGAAGAGGCAAGGAAUUGGGACUCUGAGGGAGAACAGUUUACUCUGACGGAUAUGCCUUCACAUCUCUGAGUGGUAUAGAAGUGAUGAGAGUGGAGGGAAAGCAGGGGAUCUCUACUAUUUGCCAUUAGGCCAUGAGAAGAGAGAGUGCAGUAAGGAUGAAAAGGAUGACAAAUCAUAUUGCUGUUAGGCAAUGACUGCUGGCUGCACAGUCUGCUCUGCUUAUUGGAUGCUUUAACAAGGAGAAGGUUGAGUUGUUUAGUGUGUCAGAGCUUUGAUCUGCGAGUAACGGGAACGCAGUGGAGGGAGAAGGGGGGCUGCAUGAGAUGUCACAGUCUACCCAAAGAAUGACUCAAGUUACCCACACAGGUCAGUUUCGAGGAAUAUGAUUAAAAAAUGGCAAGGUUUGAAAAUUAUCAGGAGUACCAGCGGCUGGGCGCAGAUGAUUAUGAGGAGGAUUCCCCACCAGGUGAAGACUUGCUGGUGCAUGUUCCAGAAGGUUUGAAAGAUUCGUGGCAUCAUAUUAAGAACCUAGAUAAUUUCUUCACAAGAAUCUACCACUUUCACCAAAAGAAUGGCUUUGCCUGCAUGAUGCUGUCUGAAUUCUUCGAGUUGGUGCAGUUCUUAUUUGUUGUCCUAUUCACAACUUUCCUGUUCAACUGCGUGGAAUAUGAUGUGUUAUUUGCAAAUAAGUUCAUAAAUCACACUGGUUCCAGCCAACCAGAGAGGAAUAAAGUCACUCUGCCAGAUGCAAUACUACCCACAGAGCAAUGCACUGCAAGGAUUCAGAAGAAUGGUUGGAUUAUCUUCCUCCUGACCAUGGCUGCAGUGUUCUGGGUGUAUCGUUUGGUCAAAGUCAUCUGCAAUCUGUUGAGUUAUUGGGAAAUCAGAACGUUCUACAUCCAAGCACUGAAGAUCCCUACGGUUGAAUUGUGUAACUACAGCUGGCAGGAGGUGCAAGCCCGUCUGAUCCUGCUGCAGCGGGAACAGCAAAUGUGCAUCCACAAGAAGGAGCUGACUGAGCUCGACAUCUACCAUCGUAUCCUCCGUUUCAAGAACUACAUGGUGGCCAUGGUGAACAAGUCGCUGCUACCCGUCCGCCUCAGCCUUCCACUGAUGGGCGACACUAUCUUCUUCUCCCAAGGCCUCAAGUACAAUUUUGAGAUGAUCUUCUUUUGGGGCCCUGGAUCUCUCUUCCAGAAUAAGUGGAACCUUCACCCCAAGUAUAAGCGUUCUGGGAGCCGGUUGGAACUGGCACAGCAGCUCAGUCGUACAGUACUGUUGAUUGGCAUUGCCAACCUCCUGCUCUGCCCCUUCAUCCUGGUGUGGCAGAUCCUCUAUGCUUUCUUCAGUUACACGGAGGUGAUCAAGAGAGAGCCAGGCAGCCUGGGGGCCCGCCGUUGGUCCCUCUUUGGGCGUCUGUACCUCCGGCACUUCAACGAGUUGGACCAUGAGCUGCAGGCCCGACUCAGCCGAGGCUACAAGCCUGCCACCAAGUACAUGAAUUCUUUCACCUCGCCACUGCUCACCGUCUUCGCACAGAACCUGGCCUUCUUCUCAGGCUCCAUCCUAGCAGUCCUCAUCGCCCUCACUGUCUAUGAUGAGGAUGUGCUCACAGUACAGCACAUCCUGACUGCCAUCACUGUGCUUGGCAUCGUGGUGACAGUAUGCAGGUCUUUCAUUCCUGAUGAGUACAUGGUGUGGUGCCCGGAGCAGCUCCUGCAGUGUGUACUGGCCCACAUCCACUACAUGCCUGACCACUGGAAAGGAAAUGCCAAUAAAUCAGAGACAAGAGAUGAGAUGGCUCAGCUCUUCCAGUACAAAGCGGUGUUUAUUCUGGAGGAAUUGCUCAGUCCCAUCAUCACUCCAUUUGUCCUGAUCUUCUCCUUGCGUCCGAAAUCCCUAGAGAUCAUUGACUUUUUCCGGAACUUCUCAGUGGAGGUGGUGGGAGUGGGUGACAUCUGCUCCUUUGCACAGAUGGAUGUCCGGAAACAUGGGAACCCAAUGUGGCUCUCAGAAGGCCAGACGGAAGCCUCGGUGUACCAACAGGCAGAGAAUGGGAAGACUGAACUCUCUCUCAUGCACUUCACCAUCACCAAUCCGCAAUGGCACCCUCCCCAGGACAGCUCGGUCUUCAUUAGUCAUCUGAAGGAGAAGGUACAGCAUGAUGCAGCCACUGGUCCACCCGCCCAGCAUCUCCUGUCUGACACACCAGUCUGCAACUCCCUGCUCUCCAACGAGUCGACAAAUAUUGUAAGUGCAAAUACUUUAAGAUAAUCCAAAUAUCAAGGAAGGAUUACUGGGUCAGAUGAAGAGUGUGGAAAGAAAUCUGACCCCUGUAAACCUGCACGGAAUUAUAAAGUGAUUAUUAAAGCAC